AUGGACGUCCUCACGCUGUCUCGGGGCAUUCCGAGCAGCAACACAUCGCAGGGCAGUGGAGAUGUGCGCCUCAACAUGUACCAUUAUUUUGGUCCUGCAGCGGCUGGGGGCCAAUUUGACUUCGCACCACUCUUUGAGGACACCAUUCUAGGCAUCCUGCCAUCGGCACUUCUGCUGGUGGUGCUGCCGUACCGGAUCCUGGCACUGCAACGACAGCGGCCCAAGGUGGCGCCCGGUGGCCUCCUGCACGACAACAAGCUGGCUUUUUUGACCGUGUUCGCGGCGAUGCAGCUUGCCAUCCUGGUGCUGAGCUCGACAAUUCUAGGCCCAGGGAUGCGGACGAGCGCGAGCGUAGCAGCACCAGCGUUGUCAUUUGCGGCCAGUGUGGGACUGGUGGUGCUCUCGCACCUAGAACACGUGCGAUCGCUGCGGCCUUCGCUAGUGAUCAACAGCUACCUCCUGUUGACACUGCCGUUUGACGCUGCGCGCACGCGAACGCUCUUCCUGCAACGUGGGAACAGAAACGGCGUGCUGGCCAGCUGCGUCGCUAGCAUGAUGGGUGUCAAGCUGUUGGCGCUGCUGGCAGAAGCCGUGGAGAAGAGGGGACGGCUGCUGGAGCCGUAUCGCGGGCUGUCACCGGAGGAGACGAGUGGGAUCUACAGCCGGUCGAUGUUCUGGUGGCUGAAUCGGCUGCUGAGGGGCGGGGCUUUCGAAGCACGCUGCAAGAGGCCGAUCUGUAUCCGAUCGACAGAGAAAUGA